UUUAGCGUCUCUUUAAAAGUUGUAAUCUUUAGGGGCCUUUGUGAAGAGAAAGAGAGAGAUCUCAGAUCAUCAAAAGUGCGUUUGGUAAAGGGAUGGCAGGUCGCUACGAUCGGAACCCCUUCGACGAAGGAGACGAAGUCAAUCCUUUUGCGAAUCCCGGAAGUGUACCCGCUGCUUCGAGUUCCAGACUAUCGCCUUUGCCUCCGGAACCUGCUGGUUUUGGUUUUGGUCGCACUGUUGACGUUCCUCUUGACAGACCAGGGUCUGGUGCCCAGGAUCUGAAGAAGAAAGAGAAGGAGCUCCAAGCCAAAGAAGCUGAGCUUAAACGACGGGAGCAGGAUCUCAAACGGAAAGAGGAUGCUGCUGCACGAGCUGGAAUUGUUAUCGAGGUGAAAAACUGGCCGCCCUUGUUCCCUCUUAUCCACCAUGACAUUGCAAAUGAAAUUCCCAUUCGUCUCCAAAGGCUACAGUAUAUUGCUUUCUCAACAUACUUGGGGUUGGUUCUUGCACUUUUCUGGAACGUCAUCGCCGUUACUACAGCUUGGAUCAAAGGAGAAGGAGUAACGAUUUGGCUUCUUGCUCUUAUUUACUUCAUCUCGGGUGUCCCAGGAGGCUAUGUGUUAUGGUAUCGUCCUCUCUACCGUGCCUUCAGAAAUGAUAGCGCAUUGAGCUUUGGAUGGUUUUUCUUGUUCUACAUGCUCCACAUAGCUUUCUGCGUCUUUGCUGCAGUUGCUCCUCCUGUUGUCUUCAAAGGAAAGUCACUUGCGGGCAUAUUACCUGCGCUAGAUAUGUUGAGCAGUCAGGCACUGGUCGGAAUCUUCUACUUCAUCGGGUUUGCGUUUUUCUGCCUUGAAUCAGUGGUCAGCAUCUGGGUUAUUCAGCAAGUAUACAUGUACUUCCGAGGGAGCGGGAAAGCAGAUGAGAUGAAAAGGGAUGCUGCAAGAGGAGCAAUGAGAGCUGCGGUUUGAUACAAAUGAUUUGAACUCAUGAUCGCUCCUGAAGCUAUUGGUUGUGAUGUGUAACUUUUUACAUUCUUCAGCUCUUUGACCUUUUUGUUUUGUUUUGUUUUUACAGCAGCAAAGUAAAAAAAAAAUUUGUGUAUUUGUUUUUAUUCAAUUUGAGUUCAGAUUUCAUA